AUGGCGCAUUCCGCAACAACCACCCCGAUCCCCCAACAUGUGACCGCGUUGCUCUCGCAUCUCACCUCGCGCCCCGGCGUCCAAUCCACUUUCAUCCUCUCCCGCAAAGACGGCUCCAUCAUCCAGAGCACCGGUCUGCUGGCCCAGGGCCCUACGAGAACCAGCAACGCAACCACCACCACCACCACCACCACCACAACAACAACAUCACAGAUAUCCCCGGCUACAGACGAAGAGCCGAGCGCGGAUCCAACCACCGCGGCCGCAGCCACGGAUCAAUCGCUAGACCCCUCGGCGCCGGCCAGCACACCCCCCACCCCCCAGAAACCAUACCAGCCGUCUCAGGCGGAGGCGCUCGCGGCGCAGGUCUUUGCCUUUGUGGCGAGUGCGUCGGAGCUGGGCUUGUUGCUGUCGCAUCCUGUGGAGAGCGGGUUUGCGGACGGCGUGACUGGGGCGGAGGGGGCGGGGGCCGGGACGUCGAGGGAGGAAGGGGAGGCGGAGGGGGUCGAGAGGGAGGAUGAGGAUGAGGUCAAGUUGCUGAGGCUGCGGACGAAGAAGCAUGAGAUUGUCGUCGUGCCGGAUAGGAAGUACCUCCUCUGUGUUGUGCAUGGUGUUGUGCAUUCGGCUGGGGCGGGGAGUGUGGGGGUGCGUCCGUCCAGGUAG